ACAGAUAUUUUCCCCCAAAUCCAAUAUGGUAUUAGAGCUAGGUUUCCAAGGGGUGGUGGUGGCGGCGGCGACUAUGGAGGAGUGCUGCUCCAUGGUGGCCGGAGGUGAGGGGGGGAAUUGACCGUGCGUGGAGGUGGAGAGCUGCUCGCUGGCGUGCAGCUGGUGAGGCUAGCCAGACGGCUGGCUGUGCAGGAUUCGAAGGCUGGGAAGAAGGGGAUCUGCAGCUGGAAGAUUGCUCACAGGGGUGAGUAAGGGGAGGAAGAAGACAGCUGCUGGGUAGGAAAGGAAAGGGAGUGAAGAAAGGAGGCUUGUUUCUACUCCCUGUUGUUUUCUUAUGUGAGGAAGUGCAGCAGUUGGGGAGCUCUGUUCUUGCGUUCAACGGAGAUGAAUCCUGAGGAGGUUGAAGCUGCAAAGAAAGCAGCACAAGAUAAGCUGGAGAAGGAGGCUCAGGGAGAAUCCACACUCGUUACGAAAGGUGAUAUGAGAAGUUUGCUGCAGGAUCUUAUGGCAAUGGGGAUAAUGGGAUCAAAAGCUCCCGUGGGAACACCCGAGUUGAAGCUAGAGCUGACGCCGAAUGAAUUGAAGUUAGACGGGAGCAAGAACUAUCUGAGCUGGUCAAGGAGGGCGAAGUUGAUCUUGAGGACAAAGGGUGUAGAGCACUGUGUGCAGGAAACAUUCAUAGAACCUGCAGAUAGAACAAGUGUUGAUUGGCGAGUGUGGAACACCACCAACUCUGUGGUUGCAGCAUGGUUGAUGAAUUCCAUCUCUCCAUCGAUUUCUAGGAUGAUAGAAGCAAUUGCAAGUGCACCGACGAUUUGGAAGACGUUGAGCAAUAUGUACUCUGGGGCUGGCAAUGUGAUGAUGAUGGUGGAGGUCCAGAGUAAGGUGGGUGAACUCAAGCAAGGGGAGAAAACUGUCCAAGAGUAAGCCAGUGAGCUGCAGCAACUAUGGUCUGAUUUGGACCACUAUGAUCCAUUGCAAUUGACAUGUUCUUGUGAUAUUGAGGCUGGUGAAGCUUGGCAGCAACGUAGAAGGGUUACACACUUCUUAAAGGGGUUGAAUACAUAGUUUGAGCCAAGGAGGGCUGCCAUGUUUCACCAGACAACAUUGCCUACUAUGGAAGAGGCGAUUUCAGCAAUGGUCCAGGAGGAGGUUCGCCUGCGGGUGAUGGUGGGUAGCAGCAAUCCUGUUCGGUCAGUGUAUGUGGCUGACAAUAGAGAAUGCUACAAUUGUGGAAGGACAGGACAUCUGAGCUAUGAGUGUUAUGCUCCACCAUCUGGAGGACGCGGACGCGCGACCCGUGGUGGUGGCCGUGGAGGCCGGGGUGAGGGCCAUGGAGGACGAGGUGGUGAUCAUGGGGGUCGUGGUGGACGUGGCAGAGGUCGUGUCAGCACUAGAGCCUAUGCUGUUGCAGGGGAAACAUCACACAUCAUGCUUACGGGUGAGCAAGCAGCACAAUGGGAGAAAUGGCAGAAGAGCCAUACAUCAGAAAGUUCACAGGGAUCUGACACGAUACCUCAGGCGGAUCACUUUGGUAAUUAUGCCAACUAUGCCCAAGUGGGCAAAGGAGAAUAGGACCGGGAAGAUGAUUGGAACUGGAACGUGGCGUAAUGGACUGUGGUAUAUUGAUCAAGGAGAAAUCACGCUCGUUGUGGCUGUAGGAGGUGUUGAGGCUGAGAUUUUGUUGCAUCAUUGUCGCCUAGGACAUCUUUCUUUUGGGAGUUUGAGUCUCUUGUAUCCUGAGUUAUUUAAGAAAGCAAAUUGAAGCAAAUUAGUGUGUGAUGCUUGUGAGUUUAGCAAACAUACCCGAGCAACUUAUCCUAGUACUGGUCUCCGAAGUAAUGAACCGUUCUUAUUAAUACAUUCAGAUGUUUGGGGUC